UAUUCUCUCGCUCUGUAUUAUUGCUCAGAAACUAGCCACCAUGGGGAGUUAAGGGGGCAGUCGACGGGUCAUUUUUGUUAAUAUUUAAUAUCAGAAAGCUUUCCAUAUGCUGCGUUUUGGAGCACACAGUUCGCGCCAGUAUCCCCAAUGCAGCGAAUUACGGGGAUCGGGCUUUCAGAGACGGGUGAAUUGUUUGCCAGCAAAAUCAUUGCUAGAGGGGAAGAUCUGACCUCUGCCUUGUGCAAUCAGAGACAUGAGUGUUGUCAGAGAAUUACAUGGGAUUGGGUACAGGGGCGGUGGUGGGGUUGUGGCCUCUCUGAGCGGCCCUACCCACUUUACCGAGGAUGCUCCACGACCCCCAGUUCCUGGUGAGGAGGGAUCUGAUGUGGACCCCCCAGUCCAGUCAGUCAACACCCGUCCAAACACCCUUUCCCAAACCCUUGGCUAUCCCACGUCAUCGUCAUCCUCUAAAAUGGGGGAUCCAUCAAGUUACACACCCUCCUCAUCGUCUGCGACCCCGCGGCGCCCGGAUCUGGACUUGGGGUAUGAACCUGAGGGCUCGGCUUCACCAACUCCACCUUACCUGAAGUGGGCAGAGUCGCUUCAUUCUCUCCUAGACGACCAGGAAGGCAUCCAGCUGUUCCGAAACUUCCUGUGCCAGGAAGGGUGUGCAGACCUUCUCGACUUCUGGUUUGCUUGCUCGGGGUUCAGGAAAACCAGCCAGGAGAAGAGGGCAAAACUGGCGAAGGCCAUCUACAGGAAGUACAUUGUAGACGGAAGUGGGAUUGUAUCCAGGCAAAUCAAAGCAGCCACCAAGAGCUUCAUCAGAGACUGUGUGGGAAGGCCGCAUCCAGACCCGGCCAUGUUUGAACAGGCCCAGACAGAGAUCCAGGGCAUGAUGGAGGAGAACACCUACCCUUUGUUUCUUAAGUCGGAUCUGUACCUGGAGUACACGCGGACAGGAGGAGAGAGCCCCAAGCCUAACCCCAGUGAUCAGAGCCCUUCAUCGGGGCCAGCCAAGCCUGUGCCUGGGUACUUGCCCACACUCGCUGAAGAUGAGGAGUGGAGGUGUGGAGGAGGAGUGAGGGAGGAGGAGGAAGAGAAAGAUGAGGAUUGCGAAGACACACCAGCUGGUAGGCUGACUCAAAGCCUGCUGAUGCAGACGGCACCGCAGAGAGCCUCGACCAACAGGAGGAGGCCGGACAGCAGGGAGUACAGGCCGUGGAGGGAGCCGGUAAACCCAUACUACGCAAACAUGGGCUAUGCUCGCGCUCCAGCAACCAGUGCCAAUGACAGUGAGCAACAGAGCAUGUCGAGCGAUGCAGACACACUGUCACUGACCGACAGCAGUGUAGAUGGUAUUCCUCCAUACAGAUAUCGGAAGCAGCAUCGCAAAGAGAUGCAUGAAAGUGCCAAAGCCAAUGGACGUGUUCCCCUACCUCAUAUACCUCGCACGUACCGCAUGCCAAAGGACAUCCACGUAGAGCCUGAGAGGUUUGCAGCGGAGCUCAUCAGCAGGCUGGAGACGGUUCUCAGAGAGCGAGAGGCCCAGGAAAGACUCGAAGAGAGGCUGAAGAGAGUACGACUGGAAGAAGAGGGUGACGAUGCUGACAUCUCCGUGACAACCUCCAUGUCUUCUCAUAGUAUACCACUCCCCCUCCCCUCGUUGUUUCCACCUCACUACGGCGCCCGUUAUUCAGAGACCACUGCUAACACAGCAACAGUCGCCACUUACGGCGGCCUGGUUGCCAUGGAGGAUUCCCAAGACGACGACCCGGAAUCUAUUUUGGACGAGCAUGUACAGCGCGUGAUGAAAACGCCGGGCUGCCAGUCACCAGGGGCAACCAACAGCACCUUAGGCGGAGGCGGUCGGAACUCUCCUCCCAAAUCAUCGCGUUCACCAGACGGGGGGAUCGGCCCGCCUCACUGCCCCCCGCACCGAGUGGGAGGCCACAGUCAGCCUCCUGCUGGGGUCAAAGGUAUACAUCACCACAAGCCGCCGUAUCACCACAGAGGAAGAGAAGGGCAGGAGGAGGCGGGUUCUAGGCCUCAGGCCAACCUCAUGUGGAACGGAGACCCGGCCAGCCAGUACGCAGGGAGAAGUCGUAACUACGCCGACGGGGCUGGAGCCAGCAUGCUUGACGGCAUGGGUUACAGUAGUAAAGGCAGCACGUUGUCACGACGAAGUUGUAAGAAGACGCCAGAGACGUCAGGCAAAGGUGAUGAGAGUGGGCGUGGCAUGGAGGGCCAGGUACCACUGGAGGAUCUGGAGAGAAACCAGAAGAUCCUGCAGUGGAUGAUGGAUGGAGACCGACAAAGGAAGACCUCGCAUGGUGGCAGCACCAGUAGCUCUAGGAGGUCGGGAACAAGCUGCGAGUCGCCGCGUCCAGUUUCUGUGGAGCGACCUGGAGCGGUGCACCCCUGGGUCUCUGCCCAGCUGCGUAACAACCCCUCUUCGGUGUCCCCCGCCAUCCCCGGCUCAUCGUCCACCCAGGUGAAGCCCUCGCACCCGUUCAUCCAGGACCCAGCUAUGCCCCCCAACCCGGCUCCCAACCCCCUCACCCAGCUAGAGGAGGCUAGGAGGAGACUGGAGGAGGAGAGGAGGAGGAACGCACUACAGCAGGCCAAGCAGAGGCAUAAGUCUGGUAAGCGCCAAGUGUGUGAGAACAUGACGGUGGCUUACUACUUUUGUGGAGAGCCAAUCCCAUACAGAACAUCAGUCAAAGGCCGUGUGGUGACUUUGGGCCAGUUCAAGGAGCUGCUUACCAAAAAGGGCCAUUACAGGUUCUAUUUUAAGAAAGUGAGCGACGAGUUUGACUGUGGUGUAGUGUUCGAAGAGGUUCGUGACGAUGACGCCAUCUUGCCUAUCUUUGAGGAAAAGAUCAUCGGGAAGGUGGAGAAGGUUGACUGAAAUUUGGAUACAGGAAGAUGACACAGAAUUGGGGGGACCAUCAUUUUGAGAAAUGGAGAUAGGAAGAGAACAUUGGGGUUGGAUAGAAAUUCAGCUGUGAGAAAAUGAAUGAAUGAAAGAAAGUAGAAAGAUGGAAGGAGUAAUGUGUGACAGAAGGGAGAUUGCGCUGCAAGGUAGAAGCUCGAGUAUUAAGGAGGUGGUUAUUUGUAUGGACUAUCUGGAUGUCGGCGUCACGCCUGGAUCAAACCCACAUAAAGCGAAGAAGCUUGGCCAGAUGACACAGUAGCGCAGAAGAGGAGCAUAAAUUAUUUCACCUGUCUUGUCUCCACUGUGGAUAUUCGAGGAGCGCUGUUCAAAUCGGACGUUUGACCAGUCUUCCACUUUCACUGCGAUGGAUGGAAAAGGGUGCGGGGGGCUGCUGGAAGGAGAGAGGAGAAAGUAGUCUUCCACUUGUGCUCUGGAGGAGUCUGUCCUCCGCAGACCAUUACAAUGCUGCUACAUUACCACGGAAACUCUUCAAUCGGUGCUCAGGACAGCAAAGAAAGCAGUUUUGUUCCAUUCGGGAGUCUCGCUGCCUUUUGCUGUCUUUGUCUCAUCAGCUGGUGACAAGGGGAGAAGACAGAGGAUUUUGGGGAGUGGAACUUUGGCCUGCUUCUCCUCUCGUUGAAUUCAUAGCCUCAAAACAGAAACUUUGUCACCCUUGAUUCCUAGAUGUCAUGUAGUGAUCUCUCACAUCAACAUGUUCAGACAACAGUUCUCUACAUAACUUGUUUACCAAAGCUACAUAUUUUUGAUAAGACAAGUAUCCUAGCUACUUGUUUCAUUUUAUUUGAAUUGUGUAUGUACAAGGCAGGUACUAUUACUUAUUAAUGCAGCCUAAUUUCGUUAUAUCUCAACUUAAUGGUGUAUUAUUGUGUAUGUUUUGAAGCUUGUUCAUUAGUCAUUUCAGGGCAGCCAUUUCGUUUGCCACCCCAUACAUCCCUACACCUCACUUCUGUACUGUUUACCUGUGAGUGGGUAGUUCUCUUCUCCUGCGCAAUGGAUUUUAAUUAUAGGCUUUUCUUCCACUCACAAAUUCUAAUGAAAAAGAGCAGCGCACACUAAUGGUGUGCCAUCUCAGACCACAAUAUCUGUUGUUUUUAACAGGUCACACUGUCACCUCAUAUGCGUCAUAUUUUUCUGCUAUACUGUGUACUCUGAACUAAGUAGGUGCCUGCCUGCCUGCCUGUCUGUCUGUCUGCCUGGCCAGUGCCAUUACUAUCUAGAAUGCUUAUUCUGAAGUGUGUUGGUGAGUGGGAAAGCCUGUGUCAUGUACGCCUGAACUCAGCCAAAGAGCAUAUCAUGUGUCCCGUAUGCCUACAUGCGUAUCUGUGCAGUCCCAAGUCCACGAGCUUCAAACGAUUUUUUUCAUCAUGAGCAGAAGGGAAUCCUCUUCCUUUUGCAGAUUCACAAUCUUCAGAAAUUGCAGCUGAGUUUACAAUCUGCAUCUUAUCUUAGAACAGUUGGACAUUUGGGGAAUUGUUUCCAUUUUUGCCAAUUUGGGCGAGAAAAUUGAUAAAACUCUGUCUGUACGGCAAAUGUAAAGCUGCAACUAGCAGUUGGUUAGCUUAGCAUAAAGACUGGAAAGGGGAAGCAGUUAGCUUGGCUUUUAUAUGCAUUAAACAUAGAGCACUGCAACUAGUGAAUAUUUUUGUGAUUGAUUAAUAUGCCAAUCCCAGAUGUCUAAAAAUUUAUUGUUUUGGCUUGUUUUUUUUUUUUUUCUACGCAAUUAAUUUAGUUUUCAGCUCUAAAACAAACUAGAGAGAACGUGUUAACUAGUUGAACUGUAAAGGUGCUGGUCGGUGUGUUUUGUUCCCAUUGGACAGAGCCAGGCUAGCUGUUUCCUGCGGUUUCCUGUCCAUAUGCUAAGCUAAGCUGACUGGCUGCAGCCUGUGGCUGUAUGUCUAACCCUCAGCAAAGAAAUAAAUGAGAAAUAAAUGUAUUUUCCCAAAUGUCAAACUAUUCCGUCAAACUUCUCUCGUCAGUACAGCACUGCAGCAAGGCCUUGAGGCCAGAAUAUCACAAAUCACUGUGCAGACAAUGCACUGAUCACACACCAGCUAUGUAAGCUGAAUGUAAUUUGACAUUUUUAACUAUCCCCUUUUAUGCCCUCAAAUGAAAUCUCUUCAUUGGUCCUGUCAUCAUGCCGGUCUUCAGUAAUGAUCUCAAACUGUUGGCCUGACUUGAGUGUUUUGUGUUAUCUAUGCUGGUAGUUAAUUGAAUGUGUUCAUCAAACAAAGGUCCUAUCGUACGUCUUGCAAGAAUGUCAAAUACAACUUGUCCUGGGUUUCUGCCCAGUAAGGGAAACAUAUAGGAUCAGAAAACAUAUUUCAACCCAUUAUGCCUUCAAUAUAAAAUUUUAAAUUUAGAUAUGUAUUUGUUUAUAAAUAAAAAUGUAAUUUUAAUAAUCACCAAGCAUGCUCUUUAUAAGGAAUCUUUUCCUGAUGAGUUGAAUUAUCUAUUUUGUUUUAAUGUUUAUGUGCGAACUGCUAUGGCCCUCUGAUAUAUUUUAUCUGUUUUGUUAGAACGCCCAGGGACAGUUGAAUGACAACAUUUGUUAACAGUUGUUUCUUGUGAUUAUGAUUCGAUGGACAAAACAACAACUGCGUCUGUUGUGUAGUCAAUUUGUGUGAAACACAGUGCCUUUUUCAUGUUAUCUUUCGAAAUAUCUUUAUUGAACCAAUCCAUUCUUUUAAUGUAAGUUUUUAUUUUUCAGUCAGUCCUGUUGUACUUUAGCUGCGAUCCUGCUUGCUCACUUCUGUUCUGAUAGAUCCUCUGCUGUAAAUAUGUACAUUAUCAUUUCAUAUGUGUCUUCAGACCUGCACCACAUGUCCACGGUGUUUCUGUUUUUCAAAGGUAAACGCCAAGAUGUCACUGUGCUGGUUCCACUUGUACAUUUCUUUUAAAAAGGUACUUCAUAAUAAAGAUGUUGAAUAAAUCCUUCCUCUCUUUAA